GGGGCCGAACCGGGACCUAACGGGGCCGAACCGGGACUGAGCGGAGCUGAACGGAGCCGAACCGGGACCCAACGGGGCCGAACCGGGAGCCAGCGGAGCCGAAGCGAGGCCGAGCGCUGCCGGACGGGACCGGAGCGGCUCGGCUCGGCUCGGCUCGGCUCGGCUCGGCCCGGCCCGGCCGGAGCGGGGUCCCGGGCCGGUGGCGGCGAUGCGGGCGCUGCCGGUGCCGCUGCUGCUGCUGCUGCUGAGCCCGGUGCCGAGGCGGGGCGGGGGGUGCCCCCCGUGUCCCCGCGGUGUCCCCGAGCCCUGCGACAGCCGCUGCCCACCGUGCGCCCGCACGCGGAGCCCCGCGGAGGAGGAGCCGGAGGAGCCGUGCCCGCCCUGCCCGCCCUGCAGCCACGAGGCCACGGCGCCGCUCCCUGAGGGGACCCCGCCGGUGUCGGGGACCCCCCGAGCGACCCCGCCGGCGUCGGGGGCCACCCCCGAGCCCCCCAGGGACAUCAUCCCCCUGUACUGCGCCCUCCUGGCCGGCCUCGUCGUGGGGCUCGUGGCCUACGUGGCCUUCAAGUGCUGGGACACCUGCAGGAAGAAGCGGCAGCUGGACAAGGCGCGGGACGCGGGGGACGCGGAGAAGCUGCGGGGGGACAGCGGCGUGUGCCCGGAGAGCGCCGGCCUGGAGCCGCCUCAGCCCCCGCCCCCCGAGGGUCCCUCCCUGCUCCCGGGGUCCCCGCGGCGCCAGGAGGAGCCGGGAGAGCUGGAGCGGCUCCUGGAGCUGGGAGCGCCCGGCCCCGCGGGGACACCGGGGGACGUCACCUCCGCCGUGUGACACCCCCGGCGACCCCGGGGCCGAUCCCGGCGCUGCUCCCGCUUCCCGAUGGAUUCCUGGGGAAUUUUUUUG